AUGCCGACUGAUUCACAGGGAAACUUAUCUGUAGCAAGCAUAUACGCUGGAAAUGAUAGUGUGGAGCUCAAAGGAGCUGAAGUGAUUGCUGACUUAAAGUAUCUUCUCAAUUUGCUGACACUUUGCUGGCAUUUCUCCAAAAAGCCAUUCCCAUUGUUUUUGGAGGCGACUGGCUACACCGCGGAGGAUGUUCUUAUGCAAGAACCUAAAGCAGGAGAAGGUGGUGUUAGUGACUUAGUACUAGGAUAUGCUCAUUUUGGGAUGGUUGCAGCUGUUAGGUGGAUUGCAAAGCUCUCAGGGCCUUGUCUGGCACAAGCAUUGCACAUGUACCCAGACUUCAAAAUAAAGAUUAUUGCAAUCAAUGAGUGCUCAUGGCAAUUGGCAAAUCUAUGUAGGUUGUUGGACAUUCACUGGGGGGUGGGGCAGGUUACAGCAUCUGCUUGGCUAAAUGAUCUCCGUCACCAAAUUGAACAAACCAGAAUCCUAAGCACUUUUUAUCGUUCAGCAUCAGCCUUGGGAUCGCGACUUCCUUCUAUGGCAAAUGCUAAAGCAAGAGUAGCUGGUGCUGGCGCCAUCUUAAGACCUGUAUCUACUGGGACGCAGGUUGUAAUGAGGAGAGCUCGCAGUGUAGCGCAGGCAGCAUGGACAAGACCCGGACUGCAACUAUCCUCAUGGGCUUGUAUUGGGCUAAGACGGCGAAAUAAUGUUUCAUCUACUUCAACUGUCACAUCAGAUGAAAUAAGAACAUCUACAAGCGGUGGAUCUGAAUCGACUUCGCUGUUGACUGAAACAACCGUUGAAACCUCAGAGACAGUUACAUCAGAAGCUGUACCAGAAGAGGUUCAGAGUUCCGUUGCUGUGGCGGUCGAUGCUAUUGGCUUGGUAGAUGACAAGGUAGAUAGCGAUGAUGACAUCGCCGAUCACCAUGACGAGGACAGGAUGACUGAUGUGGAGCUGUGGCAGCAACUUGAAAAUGUGCUCAGUGAGACCAUGGAAGUGCAUAGGUUCUACCCUCCUGGAAAAAUCAUGCAUAUAUUAACCUCCAGCAGGGAAGCAGCAGCUCAUGAAGAGGAGCCUGAUGUUCAACAGGACGAUGCGACGAAUGGGGAGUCACAUAGCAGCAUGGGAAUCUUCUUGGCACCAAGAUCUCUGUACGGCAAACUGAGGCUUUCGAAAAUGAUGAUCAAUGAUCAUUACAUGCCUAUAUACAGAAGAAACAUUGAGCAGCUGAUCGCUGAGCUUGAGAAGGAUUCCUCGGAUCCUAUGGGUGAUAGGCUCAACACUACAUAG